AAAUUUUCAAUUAUAGGACGUAGUUGCACCAUUUUUUCCUACCAGCGGUAAAAUGAGGAUUGGUCAAUAGAUGGUUUGGCCAUUUACGCAUGCAACGUGGUUUUCGCGUAUAGCCUGCUCAACGGUGGCCGAGAGGGUGCUAUACGUGUAAAAAAUUAUUUUGCAAUCACCUACACGCAUACAUUCAUAACUUCAUGCAAUACAUACAAACAUAUGUGGAAUGACAAGCAAAACUUCGCCUACGGGCACAGAAAAUAUGUGUUAAGCAUACAAUGCCACUACCGUCGAUAAGCUAAUCCUAUCGGUUCAUCAUAACGCACCGGCAGCUGCAUUUUUCGCAGCUACGCUUUGCAUUACUUUCAUUGCCAACGUCAACCACAACAUGCCCAUAAAUGACGUGGUCGCAGCUGUAAUCUUUGCGGAGCACUGUACAUCGAAACACUUAAAGCCACCACCAGCACCAGCCAUGACCAAUUCGUCCAAAUCCGAGGUAAUUCUGCACGGGAGCGGUGGUGAUGCAGCUGCUGUAACGCACUUAAACAAUGCACCAGCUGGUAUUGGAUUAUCGGGCAUGCAAGGACAAAAAUGGCAGCAAGUCUUCGACCUUGAUAAAGUCAUUAAACAGUUACGCGCCGCUGAAAAGACAUAUCUACGUGGUGGCAAGGGCAACAAUGUUGGGAGUAGUGAAAGCCAUACCAAGCACGUUGGGCACUGUACCAGCGGGGUCGGAACUGGAUCUGGGGGAAGUGCCGUAGUACAGGUACAACGUCUUAAUGCGCAAGACAUGCCGUACUAUGACAUUGUUCCCAAGCAGACUAAGCGUGAUAUUGUCGUCUGCAACGCUUGCAAUGGAAGUUACACCAAAGUUGGCUUCAAUAAUCACGUUGCUCUGCAGCAUCCAAAUAUUUGGGAUGCCAUGUCGAACAAGGUGUGCCUGCCAACGACUUCUGACGCUUAUAGAACUGGCACUUCGGCCACUCCAUUAGAGAACAGGUUGGAUUGUGGACGAGAAACGGGAUGUGCCGUUGAAUCGCUGGACUCUCCAACAGAGACUAUAUCGGGCACCAUGUCAACGUGCUCAAAUGGCUCAUCCAGCUCAGCAUCGCAGCAGUCAUCGUACGGUGUCGGUACAGUUGCAGCAGUUGUGGCAACAAACAACAUACAUUCUGCCUCCGCAUCGUCUACAUCUUCGUCAUCUUCUUCGCGUCAUAAAAGCAGCAAGAGUAGCAGUUCCUCCUCCAAAGCUGGUAGUAGUUCAGGCAGUAGCAACAGUCGUUCCCGUUCCAAGUCUUCAAAAAAUCGCCACCAUUCAUCACCCCCAUCGUCUUUAGAACCAACGAUGCAUCAGAGUGGACAAAAAAGUGGCAAUGGUGGAAGUAACAGUGUGACACAGAAGCGUCAGAAGUGUAACGUCCUCGGGUCGUCUCAGGUCAUAGUAACACCCCAAACAAUUCCUACAAGCGUGAGGGAUGAGGUGCCUAUUACCGUCUACUCAUCUUCAUCGAACUCCUCGUGUUCUUUGCCAGCAACCCCAAAAACGGAACUCGGUUCUUUGGCAGCUAGCAACAACGAGGUGAACGUUGCCUAUUCACCCGCAAAGCAGUCUGUUACUUUGAUGGACGCAAAAGAUACAACGAAGCACGACUCCCUACCAGCCCAGCCAAAGAAGAAGAUCAAAGGAUCAUUGGAUGUCGUCACAGACAACAAAACACACUGUCGGACUUACACUUCGAAGCUUGGAAAGGACAAGCAAAUGCCACCACAGUACGAGCAACAAAUAAAUGAGCUAGACAAGGCAGUUUCUUCAAUAACUGAUGGUAACAGCGUUAUUGAUAACGGUGACCGACUUAAAAGUUUAUCGGAAGCAACACCGACUUACGUGCGUACACAGCACCAGGUUGAUCUGUCAGCUGUCACCGAUGAGCCCAUGCCGGUGCAAAACACGUCCGACGAUAAUUCUAUAUCUCUUACUCUGGACGAUAUGCUCGAUAGUAAGUUUAUUAACGAGAUUUUAAACACCGCCGAAGCGGAUAUUCCGUUUGAUGAAAGCGCGCUGGACACAUCGCAGCAACAGCCUCUGGCUAGCAAGCGAAUACGCUAUGACGAUGCCACUAUUCCCUCAGAAACUGGCGAUUUUGAAACUGAAACGGCACUUUACCAGCAGCAGCACCACCAGUAUGAGGAUAUCAAUAACACCGACACUGGCGGAAACGAGCAAACACAACUGACAGCCAUAGAUGCCAUGCAAUUGCAGCAGCUAAUUUUUCAGCAACAGCAGAUGUUAGAGCAAUCGGAACAGAAACACACGCAGCAAAUGGAUGUCGAACAAUAUGCAAAUGCCGGCGGCAAUGGGGCAGCUCAACAGUUCAACGUUUACACCGUGCCCUCUCUGACAGACGAUGUGGACGAAGCUGUGGCGACCAACCAUGCAACAACAGCAGCGCAAUUGGGAGAGCAUAUGAUACUGCCAAGUAUUAUCUAUGAGAUUACUGACAAUAACCAGGUGUCCGUGUUGGAUCAGCAAAGUCAGCAGCAGGUGAUAGCCGAAUUUUUAACUCAGGCUGGUUAUGACAAUGUUGAUGUAAAUGUGCUUCAAGCAACGGAUGCAGCCACCGAAUCUAGUGAUGCUGUCGCAGGUGGUGUUAGUGGUGGAGCUGCUCCUGCUAAUUUUGGUUUUGGCACUCAUCUGAUCAACGAUGAAUUAUACGAUAUGGACUUCACAAAAUUGGAGACUGUUAGAGCAGAAGCAACCAAUACAAAGACUGUUAAACUGGAACUUAGCCAGUCUCAACUACUACAACAAAACCAACAAUCCGCGUAUAAUAGCUACGAAUCCGAUUAUACACCACAACCACAUCGCCAAUUGAUUAACGCCAAAUUCCAAGAAGACACGUAUUUUAAUGUCCUGCUUUAUGCAGGGACGCCACGCCCGCUAGCAAUGAACACUUUUGGACUUGUCAAGCUGCCCAAUGGCUUGGGCACAGCGCUACGCAAACGGAGUCUGCUGACCACACGCAAAGCCAAUAAUAGCCUGUUAUCCCUCAACGGCUGUAGUGGCGUGGUUGGAAAUCUGACGCGCUUUCCCCAAACCGCUGCAUCUGGUACGAAACAAGGAUUCUCCGGCCACUCGAACAAUGAAUUCUCUAUUGGUCCAAUAACUACAAACAAUAUAUCUGGUAACUCUGGUAACAACAACGGGCCAGCUCAGCAGCGGAACACGAUUACAUCGAUGCCAAAUGGAAAGACAAUUUAUGCCCAAUCAUCAAGUGUAAUUGUGCAGGAUCGACUGAAGUGCAACCGACGCACCUUAUUGUCCAAGCUGGAUUGCGAGAGGUUGGGUAGCAACAUGACUGCGAAGCGCUUAAACGAUUUGCUUUUGGGCAAAAUCAAACUCGACAGGGAGAAGGUGAAUAAUGAAGAGCCCAGCGAGCAGCAGCAACACACCGAUGACAAAACUGUGGCCCGCAAGCGAAUUCGCAGUUUCUAUGAGAAGCGGCGCAGAUUGCUGUCCAAUAGCCAGAAGAACUAUGACGUGAUGCGAAGGCACCAGCAACUAAUGCGCCAGCACUCAUUGCAUGUGCCGUUACCGUUGCAGUUGCAAAGCAAAUCGCAGCACAAACCAGAACAGGAGUUAUUGCUAAAGAAGCAGCUAUUACGGACGCUGUCCGAUUGCGGUAGCAACAGCAACAUAAUUGCAAGCGGUAGCACCAACAGCAAUUCAUGGAAGAGCAACAGCUCAACUCCAAGUAGCAACUCGGGAGGCGGUGAUUUAAUGCGAGUUUUUGUCUGAAUAUGUAUAUAUACAUAGAUAUAAAGAAAAAUUGUACACUUAUGACAUUUUUUCAAAUGCGACAUGUUUAUUUUAAAAAUCCAUUUGAAUUUUUUUAAAGUGAUUAGUUUUAUUAAUUAUUUUAGGUGUGCGUAGCUUUCAAUUAGCCUAAGUUAAUUUAAAAUAAUUAUGUUUAAUAUAAUUUUACAAUGUACAACUUUUAACAUACACAAUAUUAUAUACCAUAUUUUAUGUUUAAACUA